AUUUCAGCAACUUCAACAACAGCAGCUUCAACAGCAACAGCUUCAACAACAGCUUCAACAACAGCAGCAGCAACAGCAACAGCAACACUGCAGCGCCAACAAAUGCAACAACAGCAGCAACAGCAGCAACAACAGCCUUAUUACGAUGCUUCUGCAUUAGCGCUGACUUUGUCUCAACCUGCUCUUCAUCCCUCCGGUCGUCCUAAACGACCUCCAAAUGCAUUUUUGGUAUUCUCUAGUAUCCGACGACCGGAACUGCAGAAACUUUACCCCUCGCACAAGACAGCCGCACUUAGUAAACGUCUUGGAGAAGAAUGGCGCGACAUGCCCCCUAUACUUUCCAGACUAAUCAUCCGGACUACGUCUACACUCGUCGUUCCUCUAAAAAGCGUGCAAUCGUCGACGUUGAUGCAGGCUCCUCCAAGAGACUUAAGGGAACUGAUUACGAUGACAACGCCGGUUACCCAGCAAACGCAGGGUUGGAUCCUAAUAGACCAAGACGGCCUAUGAAUUCGUACUUGAUCUUUAACCAGGAGAUGCGGCAUAAAUUGCUGUUAGAGAAUGCAAAUCUGACUGUGAGCGAGAUUUCACGUGCCAUUGGCCAAAGAUGGGCUAAUAUGACACCAGACAUGAAACGCGAGUAUAAUGAAAAGGCAGCAAGCAUCAAAGCAGAAUUCCUGAAGCGGAAUCCAGAUUAUGUCUAUUCACGUAGGAGUAAGGCAGAGAUUGCAGCAUCCGGAGCAGCCCGUCGCCGUGGUGGUGCUGUACCACCAUCGAUCUCUUCAGGCUCCAACGUCCCUGGAAGCAAGGCGGGUCAAAGUGGAAGGAACGGAGCAGGACAGGCUGCAGCUACUAAUUCUACGGGCAAUAGCCGAGCUGGUGGAGGUAGUUCAGGGACUGCAGCCUCUGCAGGGGCUUCGAACACUGCCGUUAAUGCAUCUCAUGAUUUGGCAAUUAAUGGCAAAGAUAGAUCACGGGGCAAGAAGAGGACUAAGGAUCCCGACGCACCUAAACAUCCCAUUCCUGGGUUCUUGUUCUUUAGGUCGGGUGAACGAGCUCGCAUCCGAGCCAUGAACCCUAACCAACCGAUUCCUACUGUAGCAGCAAAGAUGUGGAAUGAAAUGACUCCAGAGCAGCGUGCUCCAUAUCUUGAAAAGGCCGCUCAAGACAAGCUGCGGUACGCGGAAGAGAUGCAGGCAUACUCUGCUAGGAAAGGAAGGGCAGGCAAAGGGAGAUCAUAGAGUAGACGGAGG